AUGUUGAUGCCCAAAAAACACCGCACAUUAAUCUAUGAAUAUUUAAUGAGAGAAGGUGUUAUUGUUGCUGAAAAAGAAUUCGGUUUAGAUAAACAUCCAGCUAUAGCUGUACCAAAUAUUCAUGUCAUCAAAUCACUCCAAUCAUUAAAAUCUCGUAAUUUGGUUAAGGAACAGUUUGCAUGGCGUCACUAUUAUUGGUAUUUGACAAAUGAAGGCACAAAUUAUUUACGAGAAUAUCUUAAUUUACCACCAGAAAUUGUACCAGCUACAUUGAAACGACCAACAAGACCAGAUACUAAACAGGCUAAAAGAGGUUACAUUUCGAUCUUUUUAUAUACAUUCUUUCUACGCUAUAUUGCGCAGCUCGAUCCAACUCGUUCUCAAUCCCCGCAAGGUGAUCAAGGUCGUCAAGAAUACCGUCGUGCUGACAGAGGUGGAUAUGAUAAACAAGGCGAAGUUGGUGCAGGAUCAUCUCGGCCAGAAUAUCGUGGUGGAUUCGGACGUUCAAGACCAAGAAACGAUGAUAACGAUCGAAAUCAUAUAAUGGUAUCGAAAUUAAAACCACUAAAUAAAGGACGAAUAUUAAAAAAACGAACAAAAAAAUUUGUUCGUCAUCAAAGUGAUCGUUAUAUUCGCCUACGUCCAAACUGGCGUAAACCACGUGGUAUUGACAAUCGUGUUCGACGACGAUUCAAAGGUGUUUAUUUAAUGCCAAGUAUUGGUUAUGGUUCUGACAAACGUACAAGACAUAUGAGACCAGACGGAUUUAGACCCUUUCUUGUUCAUAAUGUUAAAGAAUUGGAAAUGUUAUUAAUGCAAAAUAGAAAGUUUGCAGCUGAAAUUGGGCAUACAGUGUCAGGACCAAACCGUAAAAAAAUCGUUGAACGUGCACAACAAUUAGCAAUUAAAGUAACAAAUCCAAAUGCACGUUUAAGAGCCGAAGAAAAAGAAUAA